CUAUGUCCCUGCCGCCAUCGCCACCAUGCCCAAGAGAAAGGCUGAAGGGGAUGCUAAAGGAGAUACAGCCAAGGGGAAGGAUGAGCCCCAGAGAAGAUCUGCAAGGUUAUCUGCUAAACCUGCUCCUCUGAAGCCAGAGCCCAAACCUAAAAAGGCCCCUGCAAAGAAGGGAGAGAAGGUACCCAAAGGGAAAAAGGGGAAAGCUGAUGCUGGCAAGGAUGGGAAUAACCCAGCAGAAAAUGGAGAUGCCAAAACAGACCAGGCACAGAAAGCUGAAGGUGCCGGAGACGCCAAGUGAAGUGUGUGUAUUUUUGAUAACUCUGUACUUCUGGUGACUUACA